AUGCGUUUCCGAACGCUAGAAAUCCGAUGGAACGACUCCAAGCCCAUCAGCUCCUGCGAUUUUCAACCUGUACCCGUCAAAAAAGCCCGCCCACCGCCCAAUGACCCGCGUGCAUUUGGCGGCCAGUCCUAUCGCCUUGCCACUGGUGGAGAGGACAAUCACGUCCGUGUCUGGAUGGUUUACCCGCAUAUCCGACCGCCAGGUGUCGAGGACGAGUCAAUAUCACGCCGCCCUGCUCGCGUCGAGUACCUGGCCACGCUGAGCCGCCAUUCUGCAGCGGUCAACGUGGUCAGAUUCUCCCCCAACGGCGAGCUCAUCGCGUCUGCUGGUGACGACGGCAUGGUCAUUAUUUGGGCUCAGAGCGCCAGUCCACAGACGACGACCUAUGGGAGCGACCUCAGCGCUGAAGACUUGCAGUACGAAAAGGAGUACUGGAAGCCGCGAACCACGUUUCGUUGCACGACGAUGCAGGUUUAUGACCUUGCUUGGAGUCCAACGGGCGAAUAUCUAUUGACUGGGAGCACGGACAAUACAGCCAGAGUCUUUGCUGCAGCAGAUGGGAAAUGUGUCCAUGAAAUCGCUGAGCAUUCACAUUAUGUUCAAGGCGUUGCUUGGGAUCCGUUGAACGAGUAUAUUGCCACCCAAUCUUCAGACCGCUCUAUGCAUGUCUAUCGAAUCUCGACCUCCAAAGGAAGCUUUGAAGCCCAUGCCGUUGGAAGAAACACCCGUUUUCCCACUCAUACACCAACCCCUCGAGCUCACAGCCGUACUCCAUCGAUUCACCGAGACGAGUCGAUCCUCAGCGCCAGCAGCACUGAAUGGAGUCGACCCCUUCUCAUGCGAAGUCAAUCCAUCGAAAGCGACCGUGAAAGAGAGCCGGGUCUUUCCACUCCCUUUCCACCUACUCCAGUGUCGAUGUUGGCAACAGCUUCAAUUAAUGCUGCCAUGUUUCCACCACCACCUGCGGGCACUUCAAGUCGUCGAUCAUCUUUCAGUGGCAGUAAUGCUCCCAGUUCGCCUGGCUUCUCACGAGCUCAUGCUCGUAGUCCUUCUCCGAUGCCCGCUCUUCCUGCGAUCCGAACACCUCCCAGCGCUAGUGCUGGCUGGGCUGGUCGGUACGAUGAGCGGAGUCGCAGUAGAAGUCGCUAUGACGAACGAAGAUACACCGACGGGGCCAGAAUGUAUGGCGAUGAAGGCUAUAGCAACUUUUUCCGUCGCCUGGCUUUCAGUCCAGAUGGUGGUCUCUUGUUGACGCCAGCCGGCACAUUCGAAGACCCCAGCGCAAGUGUGCCGGGAUGGGAGAACGCGGACCAGGAGGCGGAUGCUGAAAUGUCGUCACGAGGGCGGAAAGCUCGGUCAUCCACGGAAAAUGUUGGGCCAGCGGAGCAACAAGCGACAAAUGCGUCCAACUCCACAGUCUACAUCUACUCUCGCGCCAACUUUGCCCGCCCGCCCGUCGCACAGCUUCCUGGCCACAAAAAAGCUAGUGUUGCGGUCCGCUUCAAUCCUGUCCUUUUCGAUUUGCGACCGGGUGUUCUGGGUGGUACAAAAUCUGCUCAAGGAACCGCAACAGGUGCGGGAGACGGGCCAAGAGAUGUCGAGGAAAAUAUUGAAGUAGAUAUUACCGGACCUUCCUCAUCGGCUUCUCCAACAAUCUCACCUGUCGAUUCGAGUCGACCACCUUCUUUGGCAACACCAGUUCCGUCAAAUCCUUCGUCUCCACGAAUUAAUGCCAUUCCUUUACCCCCGCCACCACACUCCAAUCUUCCUGGCACAGGCUCCAUUUUCGCGCUUCCCUAUCGAAUGCUGUAUGCCGUCGUCACGAUGGACACACUUGCGAUUUACGACACCCAGCAAGCGGGACCCAUCUGUCUGCUCACGAAGCUCCAUUACGAUGAGUUUACGGACUUGUCGUGGUCGCCCGAUGGUCAAUGCCUGAUUGUAUCCUCGCGCGACGGGUAUUGCACGCUGGUCACUUUUGACGAAAUCUUGCCACCACAUCACACCCAGCAGACGGUGCUGCAACUCCAGCAAAUUGCGGCGGCUCAUUCUAUGGUUGUUCCUGGAAGCACUCCCGCGACACCAAGUCUCAGCGGGAGGAAGCGGCCGCUGGAGCCGUUGACGCCUGCUGCGAGUGUUGACGGUGAUCGGGAGUCGAUCCCGCCAUUGCCAGCGAAUGCGACUGUGGAUGAUGCAGGCGCAAGCGGGUCCAAAGGGGUCGAAGGAGAGAAGCAAGAGGGGGACGAUGGUCCCCCGAAGAAAAAGCGGCGCGUUGCGCUAACCCGGGUUGGCGACUUGUAA